AUGCAAAGGACGACCAAGACUAACCACGCUCGCAGCUUCGCGACCGCCACCCCCGCGGCGUCGUACGCCACGCUCCGCGAGAUUGAGGACCGUCUCAAGUCCAUUCGCAACAUUGAGAAGAUCACCAAGACCAUGAAGAUUGUUGCCUCGACUAAGCUCAACCGGGCGCAGCGCGCCAUGUUCGACAGCCGCAACUACGGAGAAACGUCCAACAAGGUUUUCGACGAGGCCGAGACCAAACCCCUCGAGGCUGGUGAGGACAAGAACAAAACGCUGCUCGUCGUCUGCAGCUCCGACAAGGGCCUUUGCGGUGGUAUCCACUCGGGUCUAUCCCGUACCGUCCGGAAGUUGUUCGCGGAGCAGUCCACUGCCGGCACUUCCCCGUCUUAUGACCUCGUCAUUCUGGGAGAGAAGUGCAAGUCGCAGCUGCAGCGCACCAACGGCAAAGACAUCGCUCUGUCUUUCGCCGGCGUCGGCCGUGACAUCCCCACCUUCGCAGAGGCCCAGGCCAUCGCCGACCAGAUCGUGCAGCUCCCCGGCGAUUACAGCUCCAUCCGCAUUCUGUACAACAGAUUUGUGAACGCCCAGACCUACGAGCCCACCACGAUCGAGGCCUUCUCCGAGGAGGCCAUCGCCGCGUCACCCAACUUCUCUGCUUUCGAGGUCGACGAGGCUCUGCUUCCCAACCUGCGCGAGUACGCCCUUGCCAACUCCAUCUUCUGGGCUCUUGCUGAGGGCCACGCUUGCGAGCAGUCCGCCCGCCGCAACGCCAUGGACAACGCUUCCAAGAACGCUGGUGAGAUGAUCAACAAGUACCAGAUUCUCUUCAACCGUACUCGCCAAGCCGUCAUUACGGGCGAGCUGGUCGAGAUUAUUACUGGUGCCACUGCUUCUGAGGACAUGUAA